AUGGAAUACAAAUUGAUAACUGAGGACCGUUUCGACGAUGUCGUACGACAUUUAUGUGAUAAUUUCUUUGCUGACGAGCCGUUGAAUAAGGCGGCGGGUCUGUGUCGACGCGGUGAGGGACACCGAGAAUUGGAGCAUCUCUGCCAUGAGACUCUCAAGGAUAAUUUGAGUUUAAUGGCUGUGAACGAGAAUAAUGAUAUUGCCGGUGUCCUGCUGAACGGUGUUGUCUAUCCGCAUGAUAUUGUGCACGCCCACGAACGUAUUGAACUCAGUGAUGAUGAACGCUAUAAGAAAAUAUUUCGUUUAUUAAAUGAGCAUAAUCUGCGCGCCAAUGUAUUUGGUAAUUUCAAUGUGGAACGCGCCUUCGAGGUGCGUAUGCUUUCGGUGGAUGGCCGUUUUCGUGGACAGGGUAUUGCGAAAGAGCUGGUGCGACGUAGCGAAACAAUUGCAAGAGAUUUUGAAUUUAAGCUCAUGAAAGCCGAUGCUACUGGGAUUUUCUCACAAAAAAUACUGAAAUCAAAUGGUUUCAAGGUACUGAGCGAAUUCUACUAUGACAAGUAUACAGAUGAAUUUGGUAAGCCAAUAUUGUUGGUGGAGGCACCGCAUAUUAAAUUGCAGCUGCUUUACAAACUGUUGGAUUAAACUGCAUAAACAGGUAUGAAAAAGCUUUAUAUAGUUGAAGUGCAUAAAAGAAAAAAUUAUAAAGCAGGAAAAUUAAAUAAAAAAAUAAAAUAAUAAUAAUAAAAAUAAAAAUAAAAAAUAAUAAUAAAAUAAAAUAAUAAAUGAUAAUUAAAAACUAAAUUUACUAAAUUCAAAGUUCUUAGUGAAUAUUUUGUGCUAUCACAAAAAACAAUUGGCAAAUAUAAACUUAAUCAAUGACAUUGAAGCAAAUAUUACAAAAAAAUUUAUAUAUAAUAAAACAUAUAUAGUAAUUAGUGUUUAUAGUUAUAAAAUAUGUUUUAGAAUAAUAAUAAUAAAAAAAUACUUUAACAAUAGCUAUUUAUAAAAAACGACCACACUUUACAACAAGUUUCAAUUUAAUGGCGCAAACAAUUAUUUAUAAGAAAUACAUUUUUAUUGCAUAUAACGCAUAUUUAUUAGUAUAUAAAUAAUUUAUUAAACAACUUCAGCGCAAAAGCGAGCAAAUGUGCUAUAAUUAAAUAUAGUUUCCUAUACAAACAUACGCAUAUAUACAUAAAUAUAAAUAUAUACAUAUAUAUUAAAAUAAUAUACGAAAAAAAAUAUUUUCUACAAUUAUAAUACAAUAAAUUCAUUCGCAUUGGUUAAAUGUUACAAUAAAUACUUUAUAACCGCGACAAUAAAAUAAUUUUGUAUGCGCGAUGUUUCUACUUUUCUAGCUGGACGUACGGAAGUACCAAAAUAUGUUAAACAAAUAUAAAGAAAUGCUAAUAUAAGUAAGUGCAUGAGUUUUCGUACAAAUGCGUAGGUACAAUUGUGUGCAGCGUGCAGACUGCAAAUAUAAACAAUAAUUGUUACAAUAAAAAUUUAUUAUGCAUAUAUAAUAAUAACAAAUAUUAAAUACAACUUAAAAGUACUUAAAAUAACUGGUAACAGAUAUAAUUUAUACAAUUUUGAAACAUUCAUUGCUAUGCAGCACAACAUACAUAUAUAUAAAAAAUAAGAUGUUCGUUUGUAAUAAAAAAAUAAAUAAUUAUACAAUGCGUUUUUCACUUAAAUUAAGAAUACGAAAAAAUUUUGGAAUAUUGCAUAUUUUUUGGCACAAUUUAAUUUCUUUUAAUAACAAUAACUUUAACAAUUGCUAUUUAAAAUUUUUGCUUUAAAAUUCCCUAACCUUUUUCAAGUUUGUUUGUAUGUGUUUUUCUAAUGUAAUGCAUGAGUUUCGGCUUAAUUAAAGGCUUUGACAUUAGCCACUCGUCAUAUUUUUAUUUAUGUAUAUAUUGUUUAUGUAUAUUUUUUUUUUACUACAUUAUUUACUUUAAUUUAAAAAUUUAUUUUUUUGUUUACACUAUUUUGCCCUUUGACCCAUUUACAAUAUUAUUUAAA